AUGUUGACACUCGCUCGCCGCUCCCACGCGCUCGCCCGGUCUGCUGCGGUUCGCAGCGCCUCGUCAAUCCCGACCGUGACCUCCUCCUCUUCGUCUCCCGCUGACCGUGGCAAUAUCCAGGACUUGCUCGCGGGCAAUGCCACGGCCCGCAACGGCGUCGAGUACGUCGUGUCUCGCGUCGAUGAUCUGGUGAAUUGGGGACGAAAGAGUUCGCUGUGGCCAAUGACCUUUGGCCUGGCUUGCUGUGCCGUUGAAAUGAUGCAUUCUGCUGGCUCUCGCUAUGACUUUGAGCGCAUGGGUAUGGUCUUUCGGGCGUCGCCUCGUCAGACGGACGUGAUGAUUGUGGCCGGCACGUUGACCAACAAGAUGGCGCCCGCGCUUCGACGCGUCUACGACCAGAUGCCUGAGCCACGCUAUGUCGUGUCUAUGGGCAGCUGCGCCAACGGCGGAGGAUACUACCACUACUCGUACGCUAUUGUACGCGGUGUGGACCGCAUUGUUCCUGUGGACAUUUACGUGCCAGGCUGUCCGCCCACGGCCGAGGCGCUGCUCUUCGGUCUCAUGCAGCUACAGAAAAAGGUCAAGGGCAACAAGUCGCUGCUGCUGAAGCUGAGAAAGUAG